AUGGAUGCCUUUAAGGACGACGACGGUGGCGGCGGCGGCGACGGCGGCGGCAGCGACGGAGCAGGCAGUUGCCUAUCGCGUAACGACGCGGACGCUGACGCCGGCGUCAACGUCGAUUUCCUGGUGCGGCAUCGCGCCGCGGGGUCCUACUGUAUAAUAGAAUUAAAGGUUCAACAUAGGGCCAAAAUUUCGACUCGGGAAGUUACAAAAAUUUCCCUCAGCGCGGUUAUUCGCUUCCGAAGGGCUUCGAAUUUGAAUCGCAAAUGCUGCCCAUUACAUUUCCUAUGUCUAUCACGCUACGUUUUCUCGGGCAUUACCUUCGUUAGUAUAUCAGGUCGAUUUUUCUUACGGCAUACGCGAAGAGACAUUAAUAACGUGCGAUGUGUUUUUUUUUUCAGAGGCAAAUACGCAACGGUAAGGAGAUGCCGCGAGAGAUCCAGCGGCAGGCAGUGGGCCGCCAAGUUUCUGAGGAAGCGACGGCGGGCUCAGGAGCUGAGAGCGGAAGCGCUUCACGAGGUCGCCGUGCUGGAUGCCGCGGCCCAUUGUUCUCGUCUCGUCUCCCUUCAUCAGGUCUUUGAGACCAACACCGAGAUGGUGCUCGUCCUCGAACUGGCUCCUGGCGGCGAGCUGCAAAUGAUACUCGACCGGGACGAAGUUCCAGAGGAGCGGCAGGUCGCCAGAUUGCUGAAGCAGAUUUUGGACGGGAUAGCCUUUCUGCAUUCCCUCAACGUGGCUCACCUCGACAUCAAGCCGCAGAAUUUGGUACUUACUGGAGAAUUCCCGGACUGCGACGUCAAGCUAUGCGACUUCGGUAUAUCGCGGUACAUCAGCCACGGAGCGGACAUACGGGAAAUUUUGGGCACGCCCGACUAUGUCGCCCCGGAGGUUCUGAAUUACGAGCCGAUCAGCCUGGCGACCGACAUGUGGUCCGUUGGCGUCCUGCUCUACGUGCUGCUAACGGGAUGCUCGCCGUUCGGCGGAGACACCAAGCAGGAGACGUUCUGCAACAUCAGCCGGUGCCGCCUGGACUUCCCGGACGACCUCUUCGAAGACGUCUCCGAGGAGGCGCGCGAUCUUAUGCGCAAGCUCAUGGUCAAGGACCCGAACGAACGUCUGACGGUGACCGAGUGCCUGCAGCAUCCCUGGUUCAACAUGUCCGAGCAGCCGCUGGCGCCGUUGACGACCUGCCCCUCGUCGGACGACAGCCCCGCCGCUGUCCUCGAGUCCACGACGACGGCCCCGCAGGAGGACAGCGCCACGCCGAAAUUGCCGAUCGUCCAUCAAGGCCAGGUCCCGUCCGCGCCGAAGGGCGACGGCGAGAAGCAGCAACGGUCGUCCACGACCGGUCUGUGCCACAGCGCGGAGGCUCCGAAGCCGACGGCGGGCGCCCGCGCCGUCUCCUCGCACACGGAGAAUCUCUACUCGGCCUCGAGAUCGCUGUCCAAACCCAUCAGAUUCGGGCUGAGCCCGGACCGGAGGGACACCUUCAAGAGGAACAUGGACUCGCUGGCGCGAAAGUUCUCCGGCAGCGUCCUGCCGGAGAUCGUCAUCAUCGAACCGUCGUCGUCAAACGCCGGCGGUGGUAUCCAGCAACGUCGCGCCACCGCCACCCACACGAUGCCGGCUGGCGGCGGCGAGGUGUUCAAGUGCACGCCCGUGUUCAUCCUCGGCGAGGCCGAGCAGCAGUGCAGCGACAGCGGCAGCGACACCGUCUCCGAAAUCUCGACCGACAGCUCGAGCGAUCGCAGCAGCAUCUACUCGGACGACUCCCUCGAUUUUAUUCUGUACGGUAAGAGCCAGGGUAGAGCGAGCUUCCCGUUCACCGCCGCCGACGCGACCGCCGACAGGUGGGAACAGAGGCAUCACCAUCAUCAUCAUCAUCAUCAUCGCGCCGCCAGAGUGUGGCCGCGCGAGUGUAACGGCGUCGUCAGCAAGGCGCUCAGCCGCUUCACGUCGGAGACCUCGUCCGGCGAUCCUCGUGUGACGAAGAUCGCCAAGAUCCCGAUGACAACGCCGCCGACGGUGACGGCGUUGCGCGGCGGCUGCAGCAAGGCCGGCCUCGAGGCGCUCCGCGAGCGGGGCGGCAACCUGGUGGUCAUUAGGGAACCCGUACGCGCCGGCAGGUACACCAGGUAUAGCGAGGUACAGUGCGAGUCGGUGCAAGCGCGAAUUCGGCGGUUCCAGGUGCACGAGGCCUCGUAAGACCGUGCCGUCCAGCUGUGCGCCAGCAGCAGGUGCCGGCAGUUGAAUUGUAUUAGCGCGCAGGUGGACGGACGUCUCUCCGGCAAGCCUCCUCCGAGGAGCCGCCGAGAGAACGGGGGGUUCGAGGCGAUUGUACAUAUCGCGUGUACAGUGACGCGAAGAGCAGGAGGGAGGUUUUAAGCAACGAGGUGGCGCCCGAGGGAUGCGCGAACGAAGGAUAACGUGGGACGAGCUCAAUUCCUCGAGAUUUGCGAAGGCUGUGACGACAGAGAAGAUUCUUAGGAAGGUUCAGGAUUGCCCGUCUUUCUGUAACAAUAUAGGACUAUGAGCUUUGUGAAAAAUAUAUCUGGACUCACGGUUCCUUUGAUCGUCGCGGUAGAACAAGAAAACACCGAGAACGAUACAUUGUCACGCGGCAGCGGCGUUUGGAAGCAAAAGGGAUUACUUCUGAAUUGAUUUUUCGCGAAGCGCAUAAUGCUGUGAUAGCGCGUUAGGGGAACGUGAAAUGACGCAUGAUGAGUGUGGCGUGUCCUCGCUUUACCUUUGCAAGAAACACGACGCAACGGUGAAGGCUACGCGUAUCGUGGGGAUAUUGAUUCGAGCAGAAGAUUUUGCGAAAAUCGGCGUCCUGCAACUCGAUCGCGAUAUAAUAUUAAGCAGUAUUUCGUAGCGAGAACAAAAGGUUGUACGUACCACACCGAGCCUGAUCUCCAGAAUCCUCGAACAGCCUCUCGAAGCCCCCUGUCCCGACUUUCGCCGGACUUCUUGGGAACCCGAGACCGAGAUUGUAAAGGGCGUGCGCGAGCGUGGCCCGCGAUGCGGGAUCUUACGUGCGCAAAACGCCUCUUUACACACGCGUGCCUUCGCGAAGGUGCCGACGAGAGAACGUAGCUUGUAUCAUAUCAAAGCGAACAAACGGCUGUUGUAAAUACGAGUGAGAGUGUGUCGUCUGUGUGUGAAUGCGUAUACGUAUGUAUGCGUGCGUGCAUGUAUGCAUUGACUCUUCGUGGAAGCGAGCGGCUUCAAAGAGGGUGGUCUUGAUGUACAUAUUAUUCGAGUAAUCGGAGAAGGUACGAGCGAUAGAACGAGUCGCGGGUAUGCGUGGCUCGCGAGAAGGUGCCUGCGGUUGCGGUUGCGACGCCGAUCACAGGGGUGGUGACGGCGGAGAUCCGAGGGAAAGGUCACGCGGAGCCAUGGCGACGGCUGGCUGCCGGCUAUGGGAAACGCCGCGUGGCGAGGAUGGUCGGGCCCGUAGGAGUCGAUUUUCCGAUAAUCCCAGCGGAUUCCGCCGUCACCGGCCGACGAGGCGUGAAGGAGGAGAGAAGGAUGUGUCUGCGAAAUCGAGACUUGGAGCGAAGCUCUCCUUAGGCCGCCGUUAUUGAUAGACUGAUUGAUCGUCCUUUCGAGCUGAGAGAAACUAGAGUUGUAUCGCGUGCGCAUGCACCGAGAAACGCGGCGCGUUGCACGCUUAUCCAAAACAACGUUGUAAUUCCGAGAGGCGUAACUUUCGAAGCACGACUUACGGAAAUAAACACUUUCGCAUAUCAAUGAUAAAUUGAUAGAAGUUACGUCUUAUCGAUACCGCGUCCGUUUCGAAAACGCUUGUCGGAGUUCGGCGAUUCCCGGACAAGCUGAUGAAAAAUCCCGCGAUAGCCAGCAAGCGCCAGCGAUAUUAUAUCUCGGUGCAUCGCGCGCGGUUCCGUCGGAACGAAUCGCCAUAUCAAUCGGUCGUCGAGUUUAAUGACGACCAAUGACAAUCACAGAUAAACCCAUUUCGGUGCCUUCCUUAAAGGAAAAUGACGACGCGUGUGCGCCAAUGCGUGCGCACAUCACCACGUGCCUACGUUUUACUUGUCCGGUACGCGCGACACUUUUCGAGUCGCACGAAGACUGUGAUGCGCAGCAGGGAGAGAAUGCAUGUCUGAAGAGUGCCUUAAUUGCGCGCGGCUUUGCGGGAGAUGAAAAUUGUGAGCUCGGACGAGCCUUCCAGGUAAUUCCAGCGGGCUCGAACACGGCCACGGCGGAAGUGAUUAACAAUGUCGAACCACCGAAAACCCCCUCGUCGCACAUUAUGGAGAAGGGACCACUUUCCUGUAGGCCGUAUAUAUCGCGUAUAUAUACGUUUUUCCUAUUGUUAAAUAUCUCUCAAUCAUACUGUUGAAUAUGCUUCGUGAAUUACCAUCCCCGUUGUUUUUCCUUACUUGAAAAUUGUUCGUCGCGAGCGGAGAGGGAAAAAGAAGAGAAACAACGAGCGGCCUCGUCUGCUCUCCGGGCUCUCGUGGACGCGCAAAUCGAAAUGGUACAUACGCAAACUUAUUUAUCCACGGAAUUCAUCAUCGCGCGCAAAUUGAAACGCGCUAAUCGCUCGCUCGCGUAGCGCAGCGCAACGAAUGCUAGUCAUAAACACGUCCCGUCAUCUUUCUCACGCUCCCUUCCCCCUUUUUUCGCGCCUCUAAUUUUCGUUCAUUUCACCGCGGACACACGCUCGUUGGCGAGACGCUAACGAGCGGCCUGUGUCUUCGCCGGGCGAGACGAGAAAGAAAGAAGAGCGGACGAGAGAGCGCUGCAAAAAUGACGACGGACCCGGUCGGCGAGCCUUGGCUCCGGGCAGCACGAGAGAGACUCGUCCAACCGUGAAUCUGUGCAUCCCCUUUGUACGAAUCCACGGAGAAUGCGCGAGGACGCAGAAUUCGCGCCCGUAACUGACGUUUUAAUGCGACGAAGCCUCUAGCAACACUCCCGAAUUUCCUUCCGCGUUGCUCGCAAGUGUCGAUCGAUGUUGUUCGGUUUUUGGUGGUUCUCUUUGAAACUAAAGAGCACGCAUUUUGAUACGUUGACUAUUUCAGGACCAUGCGCCGUUUGUGUUGUAAAAAUAUUGAAUUUUCGCCGAAUCUUAAUUCACCGAGCGGGGUGUGAAGGAAGCACCCUCGGAAUCUCUCGCGAAGCGAAAAUCUCGUGAUGCGUAAUCUUCUCUUCGACCGCUGUUUCGAUCAUUGCGGUAGGAAGGAGGGGGGGAAGAAACACUUUCGACCUCGUGCACCGAGGCGACUGUCCGAUUGUUCAGCCCCUCCGACCACGACGGCCUAGCGAUCGACGCGAAAACUAGCGACAUGUUCGUCGACGCGAACAUCGGACACGUAAGGUGCGACGUACCAAACGCGCGCGUACACGCACAAUUCGAACGCGCGCAUGUCUUCUCGAGACGCAUAUAUGCGGCGCGAGACGCGUCUCCGGGAAUCAAAGAGCGGGGAUAGACCUGUGUAAAAUACAUAAUUUUGCUACGACGGGCGAGGGCGGCGCGACCCGGGGGAGCCCCCUUAGCUUCGCUGGCGGUGAAUUCGCGGUUAUUUAUUCUCUUCUUUGUGAUACGUCAUUAGUCAGAAUUAAUCAGUUUUCGCUUCACGUCUUCGCGUCAAUUGAAAACCGCAGAAGCACGUCGGCUCUUGCCUCCCAUGCCACUCGGACGCUCCGCGCCGCUCGGCAUAUUCUCUUAUCAUUAUUAUUAUAUUAUUAAAUAUUCUAUAGAAUUAUUAUUAUUAUAUUAUACUAUUAUUACUACAUCAUUAAUAAUUAAUCGCGAAGAUUGCGAUCGCGCAUGUAACUGCUAAAAACCUCCUGUAAAUACUUCUGUCAUUGUAUUAAUUUUAAUAAUACAGUACGAAAUAAACGCAACAAUACGUUCAAUG